UCUAGAGGACAUUACGAUUAUUAUUUAUUGCUUUUUCAUCUUACUGUGUCCUAAAAAGAUUUGUGUGUGAAAGUUAUUGCAAAUUAUUAUAUAACAAAUUAUCUUUCAUGUUUGCUUUUAACAAAACAAGUCAAAAUGGGAGACUCGCCGUAUUUGACCUGUUUGGUUUUGUACAUAUUUUCGUUUCAAAUUAUUGCCACUAACUCCCGUACCUCUAAUAUUUGGAAAUUAGAUGCUGAACAAGGUCAAAUUAUUGACGGAACUUCAGUAUCGCAGGAUGACUCUGAAAAAGCUAAAAUGACUGAAGAAGAUGUUGUUUUCAAUAUAAUAACAUCAACUGUAUAUUAUGGCAAUACUUGGACAAAGCACAGCUUUGAUAUGUUCUGCACUGACUGCCAGAUGUAUGAGCAACAGAGAAGUGCCUCUGAUAAUAAUGAAGAGAUUAAUCAACCAGACACCAAUACUGGUGAACUUGAAGAUGAAUACUUAGAUUGCGGAAAAGCAGUUAAUUUUACAUAUUAUGAUAACUUAGUUGGUGUGGCUAGACGCCAUAGACAUCCAAAUGUACCUGAACCUCAAAUUGCCCUUAUAUUUACAAGGAAAAAAACAUACAAAAACGGUAUAACCGAGUUAGAUAUUAAUACACUUGAGAAGCGUCUUAAAAAAGCAAAAAGAGAAAAACCUAAAUCAGUACAAUUGUAUAAUCAGAUUGGUAAUUUCUGGAGAAUCAAAGGUGAUACAAGACUGUCAAUUGAAUGUUUUAGACGUGCAUUGGCAGUUUCUCCUUAUAAUGCAGAGGUACUGCUGAACCUAGGACGCGUUCUGUUCACCCUUCAGUACUUAGACGACGCGAUCUAUUUGACGCGGCGGUCGCUCGAAGUACAACCUCCAGAUCGCAGUGCCUGGCAACAGUACUUCACUCUUGGAGAGAUAUUCAAGGCAUAUGGACAUUAUCAGGAAGCUGCUGUUCACUUAAGGCAUGCUCUGGAUCUCAGGCCAGACUUUGAGCCAGCACUGACUGCGCUUAAGGAUAUUGAGAAUAUACCUGAAGCCACAGUACAUGUGUACACCUUACUUAUUAUUGUUUGUUUGGUGAUGGGAGUACUACUUGUAAUCCUGUCAUCAGUGGAUAGCGGAGGCGAGGCGGACGAUCACAAAACGCGUCACUUCAACCGCGCCAUGGCCAUGCGAUCUUUACGAGGCGUGGUCGGAUCACGCGGACGUAAAAAGGGCGGGGCUUAAACCCUACCCCGCCUUCUUACGAUCUUGGCAAGUUGCUCAAAAUAUUAACCAAAAAUUACUUUAAAAUAUGUACUUAUUGUAGAAUUAAUGUUUCCUUUUGUUGAAAAAAUUGAAAUCCAAUAAGUUGCUGUUAACUUAAUUAUUAUCAUCUAAAAUAACUGUUUUUAUAAUUGUAUUUAAUUUCGAUUGGAAUCUCGAAGAACGCUUUGGUUACGAUGUCAUUUACGGCCGUUAAUAUCAAAGUGAUGUACGGAGAUGUUUUAAAUCUUUUAAAAUGGAAUGGUAACGAAUGAGGUUUUUAUAGUUGUAAUAAGCAUGUCGUAUCAACUUGCUGAAGAUCGUAAACCAAAAUCCUUGAAAAUUAAGAUUCGCUUGCUAAAUAAAAAAUCGCAGGCUAAAAAUAUGUAUUGAACGCCUAACGUUUGGGUGGGGAAUGUAAAUUGUGGUACUGUUCUAUUGUUAUUAAACUUGUUAUUUUGUUAGUUAUCUGUUGAUAUUUUACUAUGUAUGAGUGCAGCUUGGAACAUUGUCAAUUGUCAAAACUAUAUAAAAACUAAUUUAUUUCCGCCCUUCAUACAUAGUAUUAAGUUAGUAGGAUCCCAAAGUUGUUUUCGUGUUGUGAAAGAGGCUACGCUGACUGGUUGUGUUAUAUGUAGUAAUGGAACAGUACUGUCAAUAGAGGCUAUAAUGGCUAUGUACAAAUAUUACAUAUAAAUUGACCGUUUGGUCUUGCCAUGUUUAAUUUGAUCUCUGCUACGUAGUCUUAGAAGAUCAAAUAGUUUUUAAUAUUUGAUAUUAUUAAAACAUCUGACAAUUGCUUUAAUAUACAUUUGUUAGACGAUUACGUCGUCGAAUGUUAAGUAUUCCGAAGCGGUAUUUAUUGUGAGUGCCCUUCUGAAAGAAAAAAUAGUAUUGGAUUUGUAAAGCCAGAGACCCUUGGCCCGCGAUGGAGCGUUUCACUGCAACCUAGUCAUACACUUAGGCGAGUUUGGCUGAACGCGGCUCGGUGUAAUUUGUAGUAGUGCAAGUAACUUGUUAAGCGUUCGUAGCGUCUAAGGAUUUUAAGAGCAAGUCUUGAAUUCUGAGAUUGGUAAAAUGUACCUGUUUUCAGUGGUUCGUUUGUUAUUUUUGACUAUUUAUUAAUACAUGAUUGUCUUAGCGUC